GGCGUGCGGCCGGAGCCCAGCCUGGGGUGGGGGCUCGGAGCCGAGGCGCCGUCGCGGCAGUGGACGAGAAUCCGUGUGGCCUGGUCUGGGCCAUGUCCGUGUGAGGGCACCGCUGUCACCGCCCCCGUCCAAGGUCCGGCCCAGCAGCGCCGCGCGCCAUGGGUUCCAUCCUGAGCCGCCGCAUUGCGGGGGUGGAGGACAUCGACAUCCAGGCGAACUCGGCCUACCGCUACCCCCCAAAGUCCGGAAACUACUUUGCUUCCCACUUUUUCAUGGGAGGCGAGAAAUUCGACACCCCCCACCCUGAAGGUUACCUCUUUGGUGAGAACAUGGAUCUGAACUUCUUGGGCAGCCGGCCGGUUCAGUUUCCCUAUGUCACGCCUGCUCCCCACGAGCCAGUGAAGACGCUGAGGAGCCUGGUGAACAUCCGGAAAGACUCCCUCCGGCUUGUGAGGUACAAGGAUGAUGCCGACAGCCCCACCGAGGACAACGAGAAGCCCCGGGUGCUCUACAGUUUGGAGUUCACCUUUGAUGCUGAUGCCCGGGUGGCCAUCACCAUCUACUGCCAGGCGGUGGAGGAGUUCCUGAAUGGCAGGGCCGUGUAUAGCCCCAAGAAUCCGCAGCUGCAGUCUGAGACCGUCCACUACAAGAGAGGGGUGAGCCAGCAGUUCUCCCUGCCCUCCUUCAAGAUCGACUUCUCCGAAUGGAAGGAUGAUGAGUUGAACUUUGACCUGGACCGGGGCAUGUUUCCAGUGGUCAUCCAGGCUGUGGUGGACGAAGGAGAUGUUGUGGAAGUGACUGGCCAUGCCCACGUGCUCUUGGCCGCCUUUGAAAAGCAUGUGGAUGGUAGCUUCUCUGUGAAGCCUUUAAAGCAGAAGCAAAUUGUCGACCGGGUCAGCUACCUGCUGCAGGAGAUCUACGGCAUCGAGAACAAGAACAACCAGGAGACCAAGCCCUCGGAUGAUGAGAACAGUGACAACAGCAAUGAGUGUGUGGUGUGCCUCUCCGACCUGCGAGACACCCUGAUCCUGCCCUGCCGCCACCUGUGCCUCUGCACCUCCUGUGCGGACACAUUGCGCUACCAGGCCAACAACUGCCCCAUCUGUCGGCUGCCUUUCCGAGCUCUCCUGCAGAUCCGGGCGGUACGGAAGAAGCCAGGAGCACUGUCCCCUGUGUCCUUCAGUCCCGUGCUGGCCCAGAGCCUGGACCAUGAGGAACACUCUUGUCCCUUUAAAAAAUCAAAGUCGUACCCCGCCUCCCUGACCAGCAAGAAACCUAAAAGGGAAACAAGCUCUGACAGCAUCCCGCCUGGCUAUGAGCCCAUCUCGCUGCUUGAGGCACUCAACGGCCUUCGGGCCAUCUCCCCAGCCAUCCCUUCGGCCCCCCUCUAUGAAGAGAUCACCUACUCAGGCGUCUCAGACGGCCUGUCACAGGCCAGCUGUCCACUUGCUGGGAUCGAUCGGAUCAUGGAGAGUAGCCACCCAAAGGGCAAGCCGCGUAGCAAGUCUCCUGACAGCACUCUGCGGUCUCCAUCAUCCCCCAUUCGUGAAGAGGAUGAGGAGAAGCUCUCAGAGGACUCAGAUGCUCCUCCCCCACUGAGCAGUGCGGGGCUGGCGCUGCGGGAGAGCAGUUCCCCUGAGAGUUUCAUAACAGAAGAGGUGGACGAGUCAUCAUCACUAAAGCAAGGGAGCCGAGUGCCGUCCAUUGAGAACGUCUUACAGGACAGUAGUCCUGAGCACUGUGGCUGCAGCCAGCCAGGUCCACCAGCUGACAUCUACCUGCCAGGAUGGUCCACCUCCAUGGAGACGCCCUGCAGCCUCAGCACCACUGGGCCCCCCUGGCCUCCACUUGGUGGCCCCAGUGCCGAUCCCAGCACCUCUGACUUGACUCCACUCUGAGAGCCUGGCCAGGCUGGCAGCAAGGAGCCCUCGGCUCCCCAGACCUUGCCAAGGGGCUGCCCUGGCCCCCAGUGUGAUCUGGCCACUCAUGUCUGCACGCCCCCUGUGGCCACCAGGCUCUGAGAGGCCAUGGCAACCCUUGAUCAAAGAGCACAGUAGACUGUCUCCUCCAGUCCCCUUUUUUCUAUGGUUGCUAUAUUUGUAAAUGGUACAAGAUGAAGGACAGCAACUUUCUAGCUGGGCACUGCGCCCAGGGUCCCCUAGCUCAGUAGGUUGAGCCCAGGGCUGGCACUGACUGCUCAUGUGUUAUAUCUGGACCAGCUAUGCCUAAGAACUCAGCGAACCAGCAGAAGAGAAUUUAUUUGUGGGUGAAGUGUUGUCUUCACAGAUGUUGGGGCAUGGCAGGGGGCCCAAGUCAUGGUCCAUGAAGGAAAAUAGUGCCUGUCCGCCCUCCCUGUGUGUGUCGCUGCUGCCUUUCACCCUUUGCCAUUUGUUGAGGUCCUAGUGGCUCUUCCUGGCCCACCCUGCGGGCCUGUUCUGAGCCUCAGGGUGCACAAGCACCUCUGCCCAUAGCCCUUCUCCCGGCCACCAAGGUAUCUGCACAGGGCUGGACCUGGCCCAAGGCAGAGGUGCAGCCAUUUGCAGCUGGCUUUGGUUAUAUCAUCAGGCUUAUCCAGGUAGAGGGGGUUCUGCUCAGCUGGGUGCCUGCCAGGAGGGACCGAGUAUCUUCCUCAGAUCCCCUUUUACUAUUUCAAUGUCACUUUUUUGAGACAGUGUCUCACUAUGUCACCCUCAGUAGAGUGCUGUGGCAUCACAGCUUACAACAACCUCAAACUAGGCUUAAGGGAUUCUCUUGCCUCCGCCUCCCAAGUAGCUGGGACUACAGGCACCUGCCAUAGCCCCUAGCUAUAAUCAUCCCUUUUUAUUUCUCCUUGAUUUGUCCUGUCUGAGACUGUUGUGGCAGGACCAGCCUGUGGACCAGAAGACCCAGCAUGACACUUUGCCUCUGGGGACCAUGUCCUUUAUGUAGGAAAAACCUGGGCAAUGCAAAGGCAAAGAGGGUGCUGGGCCUGGUGCCUGCAGGGUCUUGAGCCCAGCAAGUAUGUAUAGCUCCCCUGGCCUGGAAGGGCAGAGGGGCCCACUGCCCAGAGAGGUGCCCUGCAGCUGACCCCUGGGGGAAGGAUGGCUGUAGGAUAACCCACAGCAGUACCCAGGACUCAGCACACCUGCCCUGGCCCAGUUGAAGGCUCUGGGUUGCUCUGAGUACCAGUCCUGCUCAGUAUGGUGCUCGGGAGAGGAACCCACCAGGGGACAGCCGCUCUCCACUUGAGCCUGAGUGGAGUGUGCCAGCUCCUUGCAUUGUGCACCCAGGCCAGCCUAUCCUCCUGCUCUGUGUGUGUGCACCUGUGCACAUGCUUACACGUGCAAACGUGCACACUCAGGCUGGCUUUCUCUUUCCCCAACCCAAGCAAGGUCUGGCCUUGUCAUCAGUGCUGGUGCCAGAACUUUGUGUGGAUGAGCUGAGACAGCAUCUGGGGCUUCCAUGUGCUGUCAUCUGGUGUGCGUGGAUAGGCUCGUUUGUUCAUUUUUACUGUAUAUUUAUAGUAAUAAAAUCAUGCAGCAAUAUUCUGUCUGCUCCU